AUGAUCGCGGUUGCUCUUGAACUCAUCGUUCGCCAGGCCGCCGCCGCUGGGAACUCCACAGCUAGUGCUGGUGGUACCGCCGCUUCCGCCGUGCCCAACAUCACCUACCCCCUCACGUACCCUCUGUCGGAGGUUGAGAAUGCCGCUCUCUUUGCUCCCAUCAAGCUCUUUUCGAUGCGCUGCCUCUUCUCCCAGCUUCCUAUCGACGUCUUCUUCUGUGGAGUCUACACCUUGAUGUUGACCCGCUACUUGGAGUACGAGAAGGACACCUGGUGGACCAAGGGCACCGUGUACGCCGUGUCGUUCAUGGCGUACCUCAUCUCCGGUUUCAACACGUUCUUCGUUUCGAAUCUCUUCGUCAUCAACUUUGGUCUUUACUCGCCCUUUUUUGAUCCAACCUACUCGUCAUGGUUCCCCUUCCUCGACGCCAUCACUGCCUGUCUCACGCAGUGCUUCUUUGCGUUUAGAGCGUUCCGUCUCAUGGGACGCAACUAUUAUCUUCUGUCGACUCUUGUUCUUCUGAUUGCAGCCUCCCUUGGAUCCGGCUUCUCAAUCCCCAUCAUCUGGGCCACGCGGCUCCAGAGCCUCCUGCAGGCGACCCAGGUCAGACCUUCCAUGCUCGUCUGGUUGGCAUCGUCCAUGGUAGCCAACGUGAUCCUCACUGUAACCAUUCUUUGGGGUCUCCUCCAGUCGCGUACGGGCUGGGCCCAGACCGACAAGGUCAUCUUCCGCCUCGUCCGCAUGACUGUCGAAGCCCAGCUUCUGCCCACCAUCAUUUCGGUCGCCAUGUUUGCCGAGUUCCUCGCUACGCCCUCCUCGCUCCUCGGAAACGCUUUCCAGGGUGUCCUCUCAAAGCUCUACUGCCUGAGUCUCCUGUACUCGCUCAACUCGCGCCAGAACUUGAAGAAGAUUGCUGUCGCCGUCUCCACUGCGAAUCAAUACACUGGCCAGAACGUUAACGCCAUUCAGGUCGACGUGGAGACCGAGACGUACGAGACCCGCACCGAUGGCAACAAGUACAACUUCAACCCCCAUGUCUCGGACCUCGAGAAGGUGGACAACGACGACGAAGACGAGUGGGAAACCGACAUGAGGGCCGAGGCUGGCGGCGACGCGACGUUUGGUAGUAUCCAGGGCAGCGUCAACAGCCACGUCCACCUCACCCCGCCCACUCCCAAGUCUGGUACGACCCCCCUUGUCCAAUGA